CAUAUCUAUGUUGAGGAUAUCACUAUAAAUGUCGACUUUAUAAAUCACCCAAUCUUCAGGCCUCAUCUUCUGAACCAAAUUUACACAAACAAGAAAUACCAGAACCACCGAUUCACCAUGUUAGCUCAUCUUGAGUUUUCGACUUCACUCUUGUAUUGCAUCGCCACUUUUCUACUGUUUUAUCUAGUUAAAAACUUCAGCUCAAUCUUGAAAGGGCUGUUUCCCUCAAAAGCAAGUAAGCUUCCCAGAUCAUAUCCGAUUGUUGGUUCAUACUUCUCGAUAAUAAGAAACAUCCAUCGCUUCGUCGAUUGGUCUGCAAAUAUAGUCAAUUCUCAGCCCUCUUCGACUUUCAUCCUCCAUCGCGGCGUUGGCCAACGACAGAUCUUUACUGCUAAUCCAGCUAAUGUCCAGCAUAUGCUGAAAACCAAGUUUCAUGUCUACCAAAAGGGUAUUUUUGGAUCAAGAGUUAUGCAUGAUUUUCUAGGCCAUGGCAUCUUUAAUGUCGAUGGGGAGUCUUGGAAGUUCCAAAGGCAGAUCUCUAGCUAUGAAUUUAAUACCAAAUCUCUUAGGAAGUUUGUGGAAACGGUGGUAGAUACAGAGCUCUCUGACAGGCUUGUUCCCAUCUUGAACAAGGCCGCGAGAACAGAAGAGGUUCUUGAUUUCCAGGACAUACUUGAGAGAUUUGCUUUUGACAACAUAUGUAACAUUGCUUUUGGUUAUGAUCCAGAGUAUUUGUUACCGUCUCUGCCAGAAGCAAAAUUUGCAGUUGCUUUUGAGAAUGCUACUACUCUUAUUAGCAAAAGAUUCAGAUAUAUUAUGACAUUAGUCUGGAAAGUGCAAAAGGCUUUCGACAUCGGACCUGAAAAACAGCUAAGAAAAUCUACUGAAGAAGUUCGUGAAUUUGCCCGAAAAGUCAUGAUGGAGAAAAGGCAAGAACUGGAAGAAAAAUCAGAGCUACAAUCUGUGGAUCUUUUAUCAAGAUUCUUGAGCUCCGGUCACUCAGACGAGGUGUUUGUUACUGAUAUAGUUAUAAGCUUUAUACUUGCGGGGCGUGACACAACUUCAGCAGCACUGACAUGGUUCUUUUAUCUCAUUGCAAAUCAUCCGGAGGCGGAGAGUAAGAUUUUAGCUGAGAUUAAUGACAAGAAUUUUGAGAAGAACUCAGAGUCUUCUGCUUAUAAUGAAGUGAAAGACAUGAUAUACACUCAUGCUGCACUUUGUGAGAGCAUGAGACUCUACCCGCCUGUUCCCACAGAUGGAAAACAAGCAAUGGAGGAUGAUGUGUUGCCGGAUGGAACACGUAUUUACAAGUAUGACAGAGUAUCUUACCAUCCUUACGCAAUGGGGCGGUCAGAGAAGCUAUGGGGGUCAGAUUGGCAAGAAUUUAGGCCUGAGAGGUGGCUUGAGAAGGAUAGCGUGACUGGAAAGUGGUGCUUUAUUGGCCGAGAUCAGUAUACUUAUCCUGUUUUUCAAGCAGGGCCAAGGGUGUGUCUUGGUAAAGAAAUGGCUUUCUUGCAAAUGAAGAGGGUGGUUGCUGGAGUUCUGCCGGCAUUCAGGGUGAUUCCGGUGAUUGAGAAAGGGAAGGAACCGGUUUAUAUAUCUUUCCUGACAGCAAAAAUGCAAGGGGGUUUUCCGGUGAGGAUUCAGAAGAGGAUUUUCUAAUACUAAACUUGAUCCGAACAAUGUAUUACCUUUGUUUUCUCUGUAGUUGUUAUCAUUAUUGGAAUGUUUAAUGUUUAAUGUAUCAUAAUCCUAAUAAAUGUGUUGUAAUUUUAUAAAA